AUCGGCUCGGCAAGGAGGCUCAGUAACUUCAGAGCCAUGAAACUAUUCCUGCUAACUCUCUCCGUGGCUUUAGCCCUGGUGGCCGGCUCCCCGACUGGUCUUAACCGCACCAACCUUCUGCCCCAGGUAACUCUGUCUGAGGGUCCUGAAGGUCGCAUUGUCAACGGCUACCCAGCUUCCGAAGGAAAGGCCCCCUAUAUUGUGGGUCUGCUCAUCGGAACCGAUGGCAGCAACGGCUUAGCUGUUGGAGCUGGUACCAUUAUCGCUAACGACUGGAUCUUGACCGCCGCACAUUGCUUGACCACAGAUUAUGUGGAAAUCCACUACGGAUCCAACUUGGGCUGGAACGGUGCCUUCAGGCAAACAGUGCGUCGCGAUAACUUCAUCAGCCACCCCGACUGGCCCGCCCAGGGCGGUCGUGACAUCGGACUGAUCCGAACUCCUCAUGUGGACUUCAAUGCUCUGAUCAACAAGAUCCCUCUGCCAAGCAUGAACGAGCAAAACGAUCGCUACCAAGAUACCUGGUGCGUUGCCUGCGGAUGGGGUGGCAUGGACAACGGAAACCUGGCUGAUUGGCUGCAGUGCAUCGACGUCCAGAUCAUUAGCAACAGCGAGUGCGAGCAGGCCUAUGGCACGGUGGCCAGCACUGACAUGUGCACCCGGAUGACCGAUGGCAAAUCUUCUUGUGGUGGCGACUCUGGUGGUCCCCUGGUUACCCUUGACAACCCCCGUCUGGUAGGAGUGAUCACCUUCGGGUCUGUUACUUGCCACAACGGUCCCUCUGGCUACACCCGCGUCUCCGACUACCUGGAAUGGAUCCGCGACCAUACUGGUAUCUCUUACUAAAACUGAGGAAUAUAUUCCUUUUCUUACUAAAUAAAAAGCAUCAUUUUUAAACAAA